UCUGCUCUACAACGCUGGAUCUCAGCUCCAUAACUCGCUUCUCAAACCCACGUCAACGCACACACCCUAAUAGGCCUCUUCAGUGCCUUUUUAAAGCUGCAAUCAAAGGGAAUUUUCAAUUUAUCUUUUUCUCCAGAGUUAUAUGGGAAAUCUUAUUUUAGCAAUUAUCGAGAGUGGAACAACGAAGGGCAUUUCCUGUAGAGCUCAGCGGUGGACGACAUGGAGACACAACGGUGGAAACAUGAAACUUUCUUCGUGUUGUUUCUUGUCCUGGUUCAAAUAUUUGGCUUAGAAGAUGGCAACCGACAGACAACUGAGAUCUGUUCCACGCAUACCAUUUUACCUGGACCGAAAGGAGAUGACGGUGAAAAGGGAGACCAAGGGGAAAUGGGAAAAACUGGGAAACGUGGCCCCACAGGAUCCAAAGGAGACAAAGGAACAAUUGGAGAUAUUGGUGAACAAGGAAUGAUAGGUAAAAUCGGACCAAUUGGCAGAAAAGGUGACAAAGGAAUAAAGGGUGAAUCUGGAGGCGCAGGAGGGAAGGGUAAAGCAGGUGGUGUCUGUGAUUGUGGGAAAUAUCGCAAAGUUGUCGGACAACUGGACAUCAACGUGGCUCGACUCAAAAAUUCCAUUACCUUCGUAAAGAAUGUGUUAGCAGGCAUCAGAGAAACAAACGAAAAAUACUACUACAUUGUUCAGGAAGAGAAGAACUAUAGGGAAGCCCUCGCUCACUGCAGGAUUCGAGAAGGAAUCUUAGCGAUGCCGAAGGAUGAAGCCGCUAACACAGUGAUUUCGGAUUACGUCUCCCAGAGUGGUUUCUUCCGAGUCUUCAUAGGGCUGAAUGACAUAGAGAAGGAAGGCCAGUUCAUGUACGCGGACCAUACACCAUUGCAAAGCUACAGCAAUUGGAAGGAAGGAGCGCCUCAGGACACCCAAGGGAAUGAGGACUGUGUGGAGAUGCUCAGCACUGGGAAAUGGAAUGAUACGGAAUGCCACCUCACCAUGUAUUUUGUCUGCGAAUUCCCAAAGAGGAUGACGUAGGCCAGAGGUUGAAUUUCUCCUUGUUCAGUUUCCAUCCAUUAUUCCUUGUAUGGCCUUCAGGUGCCUUGGAAAAUAGCUUGACUUCUUCUCUGUGGCAGCCCCUCAAAUAUUGGAACACUGCUAUCAUGUCUCCCCGGUCCGUCUCUUCACUAGACUAGCCAUGCCCAGUUCCUGCAAUCAUUCAUUGUAUGUUUUAGUCUCCAGUCCCCUAAUCAUCCUGGUUGCUCUUCUCUGCACUUUUUCUAGAGCCUCAACAUCUUUUUUAUAGUGUGGUGACCAAAACUGAAUGCAGUACUCUAGGUGUGGUCUUACUAAGUUCCUUACAUGCAGGUUAAUCCUUGACUUAAAACCACAGUUAGAACCAGAAUUUCCAUCCCUAAGCAAGACAGCUGUUAAGUGAAUUUCAUGACCUUUCUUGCCAUGUUUGUUAAGCAAAUCAUUAUAGUUGUUAAGCAAAUCCAGUUUCCCCCAUUGACUUUGCCUGUCAGAAGCCGGCUGGGAAGGUUGCAAAUGGUGAUCGCAUGACCGCAGAUUCUACAACCAUUGUAAACACUGGCGUGUUGCCAAAUUCCUAAAUUUUGGUUAUAUGACGAUGGGGAUGCUGCAGCAAUAAUAAGUGUGAGGACUGGCUGUCGGUCCCUUUUAUCAGUUUUGCUACAGCUUCCGAUGGUCACUAAACAAAGGAUUGUAAGUUGAGGACCACUUUUAUUUCACUAACCUUAGUUAAAAUGGUCUUUUGUUUCCCUGUUUCUAACUUCCGUUUUUAUUGUCUAACCAUUGAUAAAAUUCUUCCCAUGUUAUGUAAUAUUCAGUUUGUUCUUAUUCCUUGAUUGCUAGCAUUAGUCUAUUCAUUUCUGCACAUUCUAAUAUUUUCCUAAUCACAUUUUCAUCUGUGGGAAUCUCUUCACUUUUCCAAUUUUGUGCAAAUACGAUUCUAGCUGCAGUUAAUAUAUGAAUAAUUAAAUAUACAUUCCCCUUAUUAUAUUUUUCGGGUAAAAUCCCCAACAAGAAUAUUACUGGUUUUAAGUCAAUGUGCUGCUUUAUCAUUUUUUUGAACCACGUAUGUAUUUUUGAUAUGUUAAGAGAGAGAAGCAAAUAUUAUGAUUAUUAUGUUUAAUAUUAUCAUUUUAAUGUUAUAGAAUUAAUGUUAAAGUAAUGAAUAUUGCUGUAAAUUUUGAGUAUUACUUUAUAAAGGUAUCUGUAACCCGGACGACACACUGUUCAAUUGAAGAUGGAAUUAUUAUAUUGAAAAAUAAAAAAAAUAAUUAAAAAAAAAAGUUGAGGACCACCUAUGUCUGUCAUCUUGUCAUAAGAAAGUAAGUUUGUUGGAAGGUAUUUUCCGCGUGAAUUUCGGUUUGGUUCGCAAAUGCAAAACAGGAGAUGGAAGAAGAGUUUUCAGAGCUCCAAUCAAUAAACAGAAAAUAUUUGUGACUGUUCCCCUAUUGCUAGAUUCCUCCCAAAGUUUUGAGGGAAUUCAUUUUGUUUUCUGGGCAAAAUUCAAGAUGGGAGUUUCGCAUGAAUACAAGUAGUCCUCAACUUAUGAUCACAAUUGAGCCCAAAAUUUAUGUUGCCAAGUGAGAAAUUUGUUAAGUGAGCUUUGUCCCAUUUACAACUUUUCUUGCCACAGCUCUUAAAUGAAUCACUGCAAUUGUUAAAUUAGGAACACGGUUCUUAAGUGAAUCUGGUUUCCCCAUUGACUUUGCUUGUCAGAAGUUCGCAAAAGGGGAUCACAUCAGUGGUGAAGUCCAAUUUUUUUUACUACCGGAUCUCUGGGCAUGGCUUGGUGGGCGUGGCAGGGGAAGGCUACUGCAAAAUCCCCAUUCCCUCCCCACUCCUGGGGGUAGGAUAUUGCAAAAUCUCCAUUCCCACCCCAACUGGUAUUUGCGGGUUCUCCAAACUAUUCAAAAUUUCCGCUACCGGUUCUCCAGAACCUGCUGGAUUUCACCCCUGGAUCACAUGACCUCAGGGCAUACAACUGUCGUAAAUGUGAGUUAGUUCUUAAGCAUCUGAAUGUAAAUCACAUGACCAUGGGGAUGCUGCAAUGGUCAUAAGUGUGAAAAACAGUCAUAAGUCACUUUUUUUCAAUACCGUUGUAACUUUGAACAGUCACUAAGUGAACUGUUGUAAGUCGAAGACUACCUGUAAUUGUUUAUCAAUGAUUAUGGCACAAUAUCAAGUCCCAACAGCAGAAUGCAACCCAGCAGGAGAGCUCACUAUGAAUCACAAUAGUUAAUUUAUUGUUAAGAAGGUAAAACAUUUAAGGUGCUGAAAUCUUGAAAGCUGAGUAAGACAGAAUUCUAGCAUUCAUUUUAAGUGCAUUAAAGCAGGGUCUCUGAGAAUCAUUUCAACUGCUUUUUUCAGGAUCAAUGAGCUAACCAUCCUUUUUCUAAAUUAGAUUGAUCCUAAAUUAUCCAUCUGCUCAUUGUUAAUAGUGUUUGGCUACACCUCCUUUUCUUCCCAGCUCCACAAUCUCUUCUGAACACAUUUUCCCAUUGCAUCUUAAGACAGGAGGCUACCUUCAAGAGCACAAGGCAGGCUGUGUAUAACACGGUUUUCUCCUGUACCGCUCCCAAUAUCUGUUGCCCAAUCCCUGCUUCAAUCUAGCUCUUUGUACAGCCAGCCCUGCCUACUGAAACAAAUCAGAACAGAAAACCAGUGCGGCAGGCAAAACUCAGAGCUAGUUUUCUGUUAAGAGGAAACGUAUAGUUUUACUAACAUAAUGGAGCCUUUCAUACCAGAAAUGUGAGAAAUGCAAAGAUCUUGCUUUAAAUGUAAUUUAGAACUGCAGAUCUACUAUGAAGUACUGCUGCGGUGACCAGAUAACAAUUGCAAUGCAAAAAUGAGGAUUAUGUUAUCCAUUGUUCUUUGGGACACUGGGCUAUGAUCUUUUUGAUCUGUGACAAUGAUCAGGGGGGGAAAAGCAGAAAAACCCGAAACACAGGUUAAUUUCAGAGACAGCAUUGGAAUCAACCAGUUUUCUGAACUGCCUUUCAGUCCCUGCCAUUAUUCUGCCAAAUUUGUACCAUCCACAGAGAUGAUGGAAAAGGGAAAGAAGAGUUCAUUUAAAAAAUAAUUACAGGGUAUCAUUCAAAGGAAGGCCAAGUAUUACCUAACCAUAGUUAUAUAUUUUUUUUCAGACAGAGGUAGACAAGGGCAGAUUUUAAAAAUUACUGGUUGUGGAGAAAGCUAAUUGUUUCAGGAAAUGAGGUGUGUUGAUGCUGUUGACUCAACUCUUUAAAAUGCCUCUUGAUGCUAUUUUUACAAAACCAAUAAAUAUCCAUCAAAGGGACCAACCAAGCUAAUUCUUUUCUGUAACAAAUAUGUAAUAGUAUAAACAGAGUUUAGGGAACCCCGAAAUGAAAUAAACUGGCCAAAAUCAAUUGAGAGCAGCACUUCUCACAAGAUUUUAGUUUUCACAUGAGAUAAUAUUAGUAAAGUAUUGGGAAUGACACUGCGAAGGACUCAUAGGAUCUCGUGUAUAAGAAAGUUGGUCCAUUUCUGUCAGAAUUGAUGCUGCACUCAUGCUGGGAAUUGUUUUAGAUUGUCCCCUAUUUUCUUUGGAGGUUAGAAGUGGUUGCUUAUUGUUCAUGAUUCCAGUGUGAAAUCUAUUCCGCACGAACCGAAGCGCUGGCAGCGGAAAGCUCUGCCCACCCACCGGGAUGUCAUUUUAUCCCGUCUUUGACUCUCUGCGCAUGCACAGAAGGCUCUGUACAUGCACGGAAGAGGCACGUGCGCGCUCACAUUCCCAAACCGGUAGCAAAGAUACUGCAAGUGCAUUUCAUCGCUGCAUGAUUUUAAUCUUAUGGAAUGGCCUCUUGUUAGAACUGAAGUUUGCUUCAUUAGUAGCUGAGAUGCAUAUCAAGAUGAUAAUUAAUUUUAGUGAUUGCUCCAUUUUUGUGAUUGGUCACAGUCGGCCAGAUGUUUAAACUGGAUUUGACAUUUUUAUCCCUGUCGAGUCCUGUCAAGGACCAGAGAUAGACAGAUGUUGAUGUUUCAUGGUGGUAAAGGUAUUGUCGCAGGAUGUAAGCUGUUUCAGGUAUAGCUGCCUUUUGUAAUUGACAGAUGGUGAUUUUGUCAAUGCCAAUGAUGUUCAAUUGAUACUGGUUCAAUUGCUAUGGGAUUGCACCCAAGGUGCUUAUUACUAUUGGUACUAUCAUUGCUUUCUUUUGCCACAGUCAUUCUAUUUGCAGAUAUUUGUAUUUUGUGUUUUUUCUCUAGUCCUUUCUCACUAUUAUGGUUAUUUAUCAUAUUUUAAAUUUAUUCAUAUUUUUUGCAGACAUUUUAAUUUUACUUGGAUGUUUUAGCUUUAUCACUGUUGGCCACUAUUUUUAUUAACUGCAGUGUUAUCUUUGCAGAUUCAGCAGUAUACAAAUGCAACAAAUAAAGAAUAGCAGGUUGAUGCAACUCUAUUGGAAUUUAAAUGUAUGCUGAAAUAUUUCUACUCAUUGUGGCAUUACACUGCACUGAACUAGAUAUGGUUAUUCAUAUAUUUUCUAUUAUUCAGAAUGUUUAUUACUGCAUUUCGUGUGGUUUUCUAUUAUUUUGUAUUACGGUGAUUGGACAGGGUUUUUUCCCCCUACUUUGGAAUUGCUAGAGUAUAUAAUAAUUCUUCAUAAACAAUUAGGGGUGUCACUGCAGGAGGAGAAACACUAAAACACUCAGGAAAGGAUAUCAGUUGCUAAUACUGCCAACCCAUGGCACUUUUGUACUCUAUUACAGUAGUAUAAAAAGUGUCCAGCAGAAAGAGCAGAGGGCAUUGAAGCAACUAAUUGCACAUUAAUCCCCAAAUGGCAUUUGGCAAAACCUUUCCUGGGUUGGUUUCCAAGCCUAUGUAUGAGACUGUGCAGAAUUCUAUUAUCGUAUUAUGCAAAUUU